CGUGUGUGCAGCUUCUCUGUGCGUCUGGGUGCGCCUGAGGUCGCUGUUCUUCGCGUCACCUCUCCCUUUUCUCUUUCGAUUUUGCAGUGAAAAUGGAGAAACACUACACGGACUCGCAAGUCAAAGGAGUCAGCACAGGGACCACCAUCCUGGCUGCCACCUUCGAUGGAGGGGUCGUGAUUGGGUCAGACUCCAGGGCCUCCAUGGGAGGGGAAUAUGUUUCAUCAAAGACCAUCAACAAGGUGAUCCAGGUUCAUGAGCAGAUCUUCUGCUGCAUGGCCGGCUCUCUCGCUGAUGCACAGGCCGUCAUCAAGGCUGCAAAGUUUCAUCUGUCCUUCCACAGUGUCCAGAUGGAGACCCCUCCUCUUGUGAUAUCAGCGGCAUCAGUGCUGAAAGACCUGUGUUACAAAAACAAAGAUGAGCUUCAGGCCGGCUUCAUCACCGCAGGCUGGGACAAGAAGAAAGGUUCACAGGUGUACGUCGUGUCUCUUGGUGGGAUGUUGGUCAGGCAGCCGGUUACUAUCGGUGGCUCAGGCAGCACAUACAUCUACGGCUACGUUGACGCCAAAUACAGACCAGACAUGAGCAGAGAGGAAUGUCUACAGUUUGCCACUAAUGCUCUUGCUCUGGCCAUGGGCAGAGACAACGUCAGUGGAGGCGUGGCUAACCUGGUGGUGAUCACGGAAACAGGGGUGGAGCAUGUGGUGGUACCUGGUGACAAGCUGCCCAGGUUCCAUGAUGAAUGACACCUUGUAUAUCAAAUCAGAUGUAUUUUUGCAUCAUGAAGUAAUUGCAGUCAACGUUGCAUACAGUGUUUUUAAUAGUUUUGCUGUUAAAACACAUGACAAAAAAAUGUAGUUGCAUAACAAUUGGAAACUUUUUAAUGAGAAACCUGUGGUCUAAAAAAACGUUUGAGUCUGUGAUAUUAUGGUAACAUGGAGGUUUGUUGAAGAAAUUUAAAGAAUCAUAAUCAUUCCUUAAUUUAAAAUAAUUUCUAGAUGAAGCAGCUCCCCCUUUAAGUGUCCAAUCCACUUGUUUUGUAAAGUUUUUUUUCAUUCAUACAAAUUUGUGAAAAUAAAAAUCAAUAUAAACCAAAA